GAAAGAUUUCAGUCCCCCACGAUAACAUGGGGGAACAGGACCUUCUUCAACAGCUCAAGGACACGCCGUUUGCCUGCUCAUCUCUAACACGUUUGAGCGGUGGCAGCGCCAACUAUGUCUAUCGAGGCAUUCUACUCGAUGUAAUGCCUACAGGAGAUGAGUUUUGGAAUGUGAAAAGUGUUAUCGUAAAAUAUUCACUGGGCCAUAUACCGGGAAAUGCUGGGUUCAAACUCGACUUAUCACGCUGCUCUGUCGAGAAUAUCGUACUGGAGUACAUGAGUCAGCCAUCGCUGUUGACCAUGAAAGUCAAGGUCCCUGUUACUUAUUUUCUAGAUCGCAAUGCUCACAGAGGCAUUGCGAUACAACAAGACUUCCGCCAUUCGACAGACAUAGCAUCCAUCAUACGUUCAGCAGAGCUGAGUAACUUGUGGAUGCGUUCCAAGGCACUAUCUACUAGUCAAGAGGUUGGACACUGGCUACGUUGCUUCCAUGAAUGGGCCUCAGAACCUCAACAAGUAGAUUUCCGAAGCAAGAUUGGCCGCAACGUGCCCAUGCAAAGACUCAAGCACAAGGUUACCUACGGCACAUUCAUCGACAUCUUGAAGAACUUUCCCGAUAUCCUGCAAAAGAACAUCGGGGUUCUGGAAAAGGUCAAAGAACGAGCAGAACUCGAGCUUCUGGACCUGGCCAGCCGCAACGAAGGACCAGAUCAAGGUAUGAUCCAUGGAGAUUGCUGGAUGGGAAACGUUCUACUAUCGAAAUCUUCUCCAGCCCCAAUCGGCUCUGAUACAGCUACAGACAUCAUCUUCAUUGACUGGGAAAUGUGCCAAUUCGGCCAUCGAGCGUAUGACUUGGGACAUAUGAUAGGUGAUCUGUAUGAGGCGUAUCAUUUUCACAGCUCGGAUAUCGCUUUGAUGAUGAUCCGAGGGUUCAUGGACGGCUAUGGGGAGAUCAACGACGAUAUGGCUUUCCGAACGGCCAUUCACGCCGGUGUGCAGUUUCUGGGAUGGUAUAACCGUCGUGCCCCAUCGGACUCUGUGAAAGGGACUGGAGAACAGAUUUCGAGUGCAGCAAAAAUCUCAACGAACUUGAUUGUUAAUGGCUGGGAGCGGGAAAGGCAGUGGUAUCAAAGUACUCCAUUGGCGCCAUUGUUCCAAUCUGGUGCGUAGAUCACGGCAUUUAUGAACAGGCUCAUUAGUUACCUCGUA